AUGACCGAUCCACGCCCCUAUCAUAUUCUCAGCUACGGCACUCUCCUGGGAACACAGUUCUACCAGUCCUUCGUGAGCGGCACAGUCGCAUUCCGCGCCCUGCCGCGUCCCCAGUUCGCCAGCUUUCAAGCCGCCAUCUUCCCCAUCUAUUUCUCCAUGCAGACCGCGCUGCCCGUGGUCGUUGCUCUGACCGCCAGUCGUGGUGGCCAGGCUGUCGGACUGUCAGGUCUGACGGCUCCCGAGCACCGCUUCUCGACCCUUCUGCCCAUGGCCACGGUGGCGGUCACGGGUCUGAUUAACCUGUUCGUGCUGCGUCCGAUGACGAUCAACGUGAUGCGUGAACGGAAGGCUCAAGAAACCCGGGAUGGAAAGAGGAGCUAUGACCCCGCGCCGCACUCCAAGGAGAUGAUUGCACUGAACAAGAAGUUUGGGCGCGUGCAUGGCAUGUCGAGCUUGAUUAAUCUUGUCAGUCUGAUUGCUACUGUUUGGUAUGGUGCUGUUCUGAGCAAGAGGCUCGACUAG